GACUGAUUGUUUUUGCCUUUGAGGGAUAGGUCUCAGGUGGAUGCUUUCAGAUCAAAAUUACAAUCGUGGACUUAGCUUCUAAACCCACUUAUACAAUUUACUCUAAAGAAAGCUUCCAUGACAGCACGCUGCAGUGGAAUGAGGCAUCUGCCUGAACAAGGAGGCGCAGCCACUUCUGCAGUCCUGGCCGGGAGGAUGCAGCAUAAUCCACCUAACUGGAGCGGAGGGGACUCCGGCUGCUCCUGAGGCCGCGGCAGGAGCGGGGAAAGGCUGCGGGCCGGGAGCGCCGCGACCGUUGGCGCGGGCAAGGGCGUCGGUGGCUUGGCGGCCGGAGGGCAGGCGGCAGGCUACUAUAUUUGACUUUGCUCCAACAGAGUUUCCAAUUACAGAAAGCGUUCUCUAACAAAGAAUGUUUCCAGGGCUGCAGAUGUUUCACUCAUUACAUAAUACUGAGCAUGGCUAACCUUUAAAGCUUGCAACUGGGGCAGCAACACAAGGAAUUGCACAUAAGGCAGGAAAACAGAACACAAGGAAAAUUCAGGGCAACGGAGAUCAAUAAUAUGUUUUGUAUAUGUCUUGCAAAACUAGUAAAUUAUUGCUAGGAGUACUUUCAUAACCAUGAUAGAAGACAAAGGCCCACGGGUGGCUGACUAUUUUGUAGUGGCAGGACUGACUGAUACAGAUACUGCAAACCUCUUGGACCAAGAAAUAAGCCGUCAUGAAAGCGGUCCGAAGGCUCCAAUUACUGACAUUGCUGUGAUAAUUAAAUCAGCUGGUGAAACUGUCCCGGAGGGAUACACCUGUGUUGAAGCCACCCCUACGGCCCUCCAAGCCAAUCUAAACUAUGGAAGUCUUAAGAGUCCUGAACUUUUUCUCUGCUACAAGAGAGGCCGAGACAAACCACCUCUUACUGAUAUUGGAGUUCUAUAUGAAGGGAAGGAACGUAUCAUUUCAGGCUGCGAAGUGGUUCAAGCUACUCCAUAUGGUCGUUGUGCUAACGUUAACAAUAGUUCAGCUUCUUCUCAACGCAUCUUUAUCACGUAUCGAAGGGCUCCUCCAGUACGACCUCAGAAUUCAUUGGCAGUGACAGAUAUCUGUGUCAUUGUUACCAGCAAAGGAGAAACUCCUCCUCAUACAUUCUGCAAAGUUGAUAAGAAUUUGAACUGUGGUAUGUGGGGCUCCAGUGUAUACCUUUGUUAUAAGAAGUCUGUGCCAGCUUCUAACUCUAUAGCAUAUAAAGCUGGCUUAAUUUUCAGAUAUCCUCAAGAGAACUAUGAGUCAUUCCCAUUGUCAGAAUCUGUACCUCUCUUCUGCCUUCCUAUGGGAGCUACUAUUGAAUGUUGGGACCCUCAAACCAAAUAUCCACUACCAGUCUUCUCAACAUUUGUACUGACCUGUUCCUCUGCGGAAAAGGUUUAUGGUGCUGCUAUUCAGUUUUAUGAACCUUAUCCUCGGGAGCUGCUAACAGAAAAGCAACAAUUACAGUUGGGUCUCCUGACAGCUGUAGAGAGAAAAGUGGUUACUUCAAAGUCCAUCAAUUCUAAUAAAUGUAUCUGCCUUCUUUCACACUGGCCUUUCUUUGAUGCAUUUCGAAAGUUUCUUAUGUUCAUCUACAAGCUCUCUGUCUCUGGACCUCAUCCUCUUCCCAUUGAAAAGCACAUUUCCCAUUUCAUGCACAAUAUACCUUUCCCUUCACCACAAAGGCCAAGAAUUCUUGUGCAGCUUUCUGCACAUGAUGCAUUAAUAUUGUCCCAGCCAGUUUCUACUCCACUGCCAUUGAGUGGAGCAAACUUCAGCACUCUACUCAUGAAUCUUGGACCAGAAAACUGUGCUACCCUGUUACUGUUUGUAUUGUUAGAAGGCAAGAUCCUCCUCCAUUCUCUUAGACCGGCUGUGCUGACAGGAGUUGCUGAAGCUGUAGUAGCUAUGAUAUUUCCAUUUCAGUGGCAAUGUCCAUAUAUCCCCCUCUGUCCUUUGUCUCUGGCCACCGUACUCAGUGCACCUGUUCCAUUUAUUGUUGGAGUUGAUUCACGAUAUUUUGAUCUGUAUGAUCCACCACAGGAUAUUGUGUGCAUUGACUUAGACACAAACAUGGUGUACAUAUCAGAUGACAAGAAGAGCACAAACUGGAAGCAGUUUCCUAAGAAGCCAUGUAAAAAUCUGCUCAGCACCUUAAAGAAGCUGCACCCACAGCUGGCAGCAGUUCACAGGAAAACUCAAGAAGGUUCUGCAGUGGAGAUGACUCCUAUUGAAGCAGAUUUUUCCUGGCAGAAGAAGAUGACGGAACUCGAGAUGGAGAUCCAGGAAGCUUUCCUGCGUUUUAUGGCAUCUAUUUUAAAGGGUUACAGGACAUUCCUUAAACCUAUCACCCAGGCACCUUCGAAUAAAGCAACUGCUGCUGAUUCUUUGUUUGAUCAUCAAGGAUUUUUGAAAAGUAGAGACCGUGCAUAUGCAAAGUUCUAUACACACCUCACCAAAACACAAAUAUUCAGCAGCUUUAUUGAAGAGUGCAGUUUUGUGAGUGACAAGGACACAGGCUUGGCAUUUUUUGAUGACUGCAUAGAAAAGCUCUUUCCAGAUAAAGGAACAGAAAAAGGAGAUAAGGUUGAUGUAGAUUCCAUUGAAGAUACACGGUUGAUUGAGCUUGAUGAAUCACAAAAAAGUGAACACACAGUGUUUAUAAUGCCACCAGAACCUCCCCCUGAUGAUGGACAAGACCGAGCACCAAAAUAUAGCUAUAAAAACUUCCCACGACUAGAUUUCAAGCUCUUUGACAGACCACAGGAACUCAAGCUCUCCUUCAGGAGACACCAGGCUGGAUGCAGCAUUUCGAAUAGUCCAGCACUCAUGGCAAAGAGGACAAAACAGGAGAUAAAAACAGCCCAUAAGUUAGCCAAGAAAUACUACGUAAGCCCUCCACAGUGGGCUAAGUGUCUCUUCAGUCACAGUUACAGCUUAUGGUUUAUUUGUCUGCCAGCCUACGUCAGAGUUGCACAUCCUAAGGUCAAAGCUCUGCAGCAGGCAUAUGAUAUUCUAAUUAAAAUGAGGAAAACUGAUGUGGAACCACUAGAUGAGGUCUGCUACAGAGUUGUAAUGCAGCUCUGUGGACUGUGGGGUCAGCCUGUUCAGGCUGUGAGGGUCCUCUUUGAAAUGAAAAAUGCUGGAAUACAGCCGAAUGCCAUCACUUACGGCUAUUACAAUAAGGCAGUUUUAGAAUCUCCUUGGCCUAGCAGUAACCGCAGUGGCAUAUUUCUGUGGACAAAGGUACGGAAUGUAGUUCGUGGCACAGCACAAUUUAGGCAAUGCCUAAAGAAAGCAACGCAGAGCCCACACGUACCUCUGAUAUCAGCUCUGCGGAAUACCACGGGUGGAAGUGAUGGGGACAUGGUGAGCCAUGGUAGCGUGGAUAGUUCUAAUGAUGCUAACAGUGGGGAGCACACUCUCUUCGUCAGUGACUUAGUCAGGCUUGAUUCCAUUGAUAAUCACUCUAGCACAGGUGGUCAGUCAGACCAGGGCUAUGGAUCUAAGGAUGAACUGUUAAAGGAUAACGGAGAUAGUCUUCAUGCAACUGAAACACAAGUAGAAAAAGACAUUUCUUCUAAAGCUGAAGAACUAAUAGGAGAGGCUUGCAUUGAGGACUCUGAUGAGAAGAAACAGCUAAAUAUAGAAGUUCAUAGUCCAGCAGAUCUGCCUGCUUGGGGCAACAGUAUUGUGAAAGUUCCAUCUGGCAUUUUUGAUUGCAGUGGAAGGAAAAACAGUGGUGAAACUGUUUCAAGCCUACUGUGCAUAACUCAGGAUUCGGUUGAAGAUGCAGUCUUUGGUGAUGCUACUCCUAAGAAAACAAGUGAGAAAGGACAGAAGAGGCAGAAACUAUUUUCAGAGAGAAGCUGCAGUUUCAGCAGUGAAAGCAAAGCAGGAAUGCUGUUGAAAAAAGGAAGCUUGGACUUGCAUUCCAAAGAAAUAGCAAUAAUGAUGGGAGCAGAUGCCAAGAUUUUAACAGCAGCUUUAUCUGGGGCCAAAACUUCACCCUGUAGUACAAGUAAAUCCCACAGCUUUGAUAGUACUGUUGACCAACAGGUUUCUUUCAAAAAUGGCACUUGGAGUCGUGUUACUGAUAGUGACUGGGAAUUGGAGCAUAGAACUUCACCAGUACUGGAGGAACCCGGGGAAGGGCAGGAGCAUCAUGAGAAUGGAAGAAAUGAAAAUGUGACCAUGGUAGAGGACAUGAAAACUGAACAGGUAGCUGAGUCCAAAAACCAGAAAGUGGAAUCCAAAGAUGCAACUACUAAAAGGAAUAGCUUUUAUGGGGUGGUUAAACCUAUUGAAAGGGAAGAUGUUGAAGUAGGCUUGGAUCCUUUAUCUUUGCUGGCUACUGACUGCAUUCAACCAAGACUCCCAGAAGCUGAGGAAAAACUGGUGUCACCAGUUGCAGCACGGAAUUUGGCAGAUGAAAUUGAGAACUAUAUGAAUCUCAAGAGCCCAAUGAGUAGUAAGUUUCCCAGCAUGGAACUGCACAAGCCAGACAGGGAAACAGAAGCUUCUGGUACACUUAGUCACACCCAGGAAAGGAGGUCAAGCCUUCCUUUGGAUUCCAUCCCACCACUCCCUGAGUCUUAUGAAAAUCGCAGAAGUCCUUCUGUCUCUAGAUCCAAAACAUUUACUGGACGACCAAAACAACAAAUGCAUCCACGAGUUCAGAAGGAGCGAUCUUCAUCUUUGACAGGACUGGGUCGUUCUUCUCCACAUGGCUCCUUAGGAUCGGUUGUAACAACUUUGUCUAAUCUGAAGUUAGACAAUAUAUUGUCUGGACCAAAAAUGGAUGUUCUAAAAUCAGGCAUGAAACAGGCUGCCAAUGUGGCCAGCAAGAUGUGGGGAGUUGUAACUUCAGCAUAUAGCUACUCAGAUGAUGAGGAAGAAAACAGUCAAGGAGACUUCAACUUCCCUGCUGGUUUUGAAGAUAGUAUUUUAGGAGAUAAUCUGUCAUCGAGAACUGGAAUCCCAGGACUAAUUGCAGAUGAGCUUGCACAAAGUACUACUAGUCUUGGCAGUAGCAAUAGCAGUGGAGAAGCAGGAAGGCAACAUUACAAUGCAGGUGAAGUUUCAUUCCCAAGAGGUAUGAAAGUUCCAGAUUCUGAGAAGUCAGAGCUCAGCUCUUCUCAUAAUACUAGUUUAUCCAGCAUUUUCCAGAACUAUGCAAUGGAGGUUUUGAUGUCAAGCUGCUCUCAAUGUAGAGCUUGUGGUGCUUUGGUUUAUGAUGAAGAAAUUAUGGCUGGAUGGACAGCAGAUGAUUCAAACUUGAACACUACCUGUCCUUUCUGUAAAAGUAUUUUCCUACCUUUACUUAAUGUUGAGUUUAAAGACCUGCGUGGCUCGGCAAGCUUUUUCCUGAAGCAAAGUACCUCAGGAGACAGUUUACAAAGUAGUAAUACUCCAUAUACCACGGAUCUACUGGAGCAGAAGCUGUUGUCCAGUCCAGCUGUUACUGACUUGAUCAGUUUUUCAGAUCACCCACAGUCCAGCCAUACUAUUGCUGAAGAAUCUAGCUCUGCAGCUGAGCAGAGUAAAGCUGCGGAAGAACAGAACAAAGAUCCCAGAACCGUGAAGACACCUGCCAAUAAUCCGCCAAAAAGGGGAGUGUCUUUAACUCGAAGCCACAGCGUUGGAGGUCCACUGCAAAACAUUGAUCUUUCCCAGAGACCAUCACAUGGCAUUUCAACAGUUAGUCUUCCAAAUAGUUUGCAAGAAGUUGUGGAUCCUUUAAUUAAAAGACCUAAUCCUCUCCCUGUAUCUGUACCCUACUUGAGCCCUUUGGUACUGCGUAAGGAGCUUGAAUCUCUAUUGGAAAAUGAGGGAGAACAAGUAAUUCAUACAUCCAAAUUCAUCAAUCAACACCCCAUAAUAUUCUGGAACUUAGUUUGGUAUUUCCGAAGGUUGGAUCUACCUAGCAAUUUACCUGGACUUAUUCUAACAUCUGAACAUUGUAAUGAUGGAGUGCAGCUUCCUUUGACAUCUCUUGCUCAAGAUAGCAAGCUAGUAUACAUCCAACUUCUGUGGGACAAUAUCAACCUCCACCAAGAGCCAGGGGAGCCUCUGUAUAUAUCCUGGAGAAAUCUCAAUUCUUCUGAAAAGAAACCCUCUCCAGUGUCAGAAGAUCAACAGGCAACAAACACUUUGUUGGAGAACAUUAAACUGAGUAUUCAACAUAAUAAUGUUGUUAAACCAAUCCACCUCCUUCUACAGAAAGUUAAACCAGAUGUGAAACGACAGAGGAGUUUUUACAGAGAAAUUCUUUUCCUGUCUCUGGUAUCACUUGGAAGAGAGAACAUUGACAUUGAGGUCUUUGAUAGUGAAUACAGACUUGCACAUAAAAAUCUACCAAAAGAUGUUCUCGAAAGGAUGGAGAAAAUAGAUGCACCACCAAGCAGCAGAGUUGAGUGUUGUCGGAAGUACUUUGGAGCACCUUUAAUAUAAAAAUGAGGAAACCACAUGCUAAACUUCAGCAAGACAAAAGCAGGUGAACAAACAAGGAGUAUGGGGAUAUAUAUAUAUAUAUGCUUUUGAAUCAUAAAAGGUGAUAAUUGAGCAAUUUGUCAGAGUAAUUUCAUGGAUCUACAGCAUAUAACCUUGUCUUUCAUCUCAUGAGACACAGUGUAAAGUACGUUAAAAUGUUUGUAAAAUAUAUUAUUAGGGUGAGUUGGUUUCAGUGAUUUAUCUGCAUUAUUUUCCUGUAUGUGUUUUUCCUUUCUUUUCCUUAAAUCUUUGCCCCUUCAAUAUCAACUUGUUCGGAAAGGUGGUAAUUAAACAGGAGACUACAGCUGGUGAGUUUCCUAAGGGCUAUCAAUAUUUGUGUAUUUUAAUGAAAGACCUUCCCUGACAGAAUGCUUAGGUCCUUCAGUACUUCUUUCAAAUGACCUUUACUUCAAGGGGAUCUUUUGCAUUGUUGUGCAGUAUAUAUAUAUGAAUGUAAAUAUUUGAGUCCUUGGAUUGGAAAUUGCAAUGCAGUUGCUUCUAACAGAUCACAGUAUCUAAAAUUGCUACCCUUGUCCCUACCCUUGUUCCAAUUAGUAUUCAAAAUAGUCUUUGAGUGACCUUUUCAUAAUGUAUCCCUACAGUUGUAAAACCUAGAAACUUCCCAGUUGUCCUGUCUUGUCUGUCAAACACAUUGAAGAUCCUAUGAACAUACUGCUGCUUUCUGCAAAGAAAUUACAGGCUUUUACACUAAACGACUCAGAAGUUGAUGGCUUUCUACAAGUUAGAUAGGAAGCUUAGAUGACAAUGGGAUUGAGAGAAGGUAUGUCAAACAGACCUUAUCUCAAAACAUGCUUUAUACUGCAUGGAGGUAUGCUUUGAAAAUUUCUUUUUAAUUCUUUAUUACCUUCCCCCAUGGUUUCAUGCUAGCCUGUGGGUUAAUUGUUUUGCACUGAUAGUCCAAAUUUAAUAUUUCAAUUAAAAUUUAUUUAUAAAUAUGGUCUUCAGGGUGUGACUUCAUAUAAAUGAAUUGCUUGAAUGAAUGAUCUAAAAAGGUAAAUCAAUCUUCAGCUUGCUUCUAUUAGAUAAGACGCUUCCUCACCUCACAUACCUAGCGGACAACAGCGGUCAUAUCUUUGGGAAAGAAGAGCCUGGACAUGGCUCUGUAAUUUAAAUUUGUCUGUUACUUGAGAUAUAUGGCAAGAUUUAUUCCAGUUUUUUUUUGUUUGUUUCUUUUCUUUUCUGAAAUUUACUCAUGGGUUUUUCUGAUACAGUUGUUCCUGGAGAAAGAACAGAAGGAUUUUUAGCUAAAUCUGUAGUUCCAUCUGAGUAUGAAUGCAUUCACUUCCUACCAAUCUUUAAGAAAGAUUGUUAUUCUUGAAAAUGAUGAGGGAGGUUCUAGCCAAAACAACAAAAGCAACUUUUACUUUUCUUAUAAGACUGAAACAAAGGAUUUGCACUCUUUGUGACAGAAUAUGUUUGCAUUAUAGACUGAUUCCUUGCAAUUUGUCUUAAAGUGCUGGUCAUAAGACAGUAUGGGGAUAUUGCCUGGACAGAUUCUCUCCUGAUGAAAAUGUUGUGCUAUUUCAAUAAUUAAAAGCAAAGAACACAACUUUUCUUUUUUGUUCUUUAUUCUUUGGGUUUUAUACACAGUUGCUUGCAGAUUUCAGAUCUCCAUCUCAAUGGAAGAGUUGAGAGUGAUUCUUGGUAUUUUACCCUCUUCUCAUUUUAGACAAUAUAGAUAUGCAUGGUUCCAUCCUUUUAAACAGACUAAAUCUCUGAAGCAUUCUUCCAAACAGUUUAAUAAUUCUAUAUAAAGGCAAACUUUAUAUAUUCAUACUGAUCUUAAACAUACAGCUAUGCAAGAAUAAUGUUGAAUGUUCAUUGGAUUAACUUUCUGAUCAUGACACAACGUACAAGGAGGCAAUUUUUAGUGAUUGUUAAAAUCUCCAAGCUCAUUGAAUUGAAAAGGAGGUGUAUCCAUUAAAUGCUUUUUUACAUAACUGGUGACAUUCAAAUGACUUUUACUCCAUUGCAAAUAAGAUAGUAAUAAGUAGCAGUAGUGUGCAAAUCACCUUCAUUAUAGAACAGUCACCUUUUGCUGAAAAUUGAGCAAUUAAUUGACGGGUAGUAUUGCAGGUAUAGCCAAAGUAGAUUGUGUCACAGCAUCUAGUGCUAACUAUUAGACUUCACAUGGGUACAUGACUAAACUAGAGCAGAAAAAAAUGACAGUGCUAAGGAAAAAGGAUUGCUGCAAGAUUUUAGGUCAUCUUUGCAGUCGGUUUAACUUGCUUUGAUAUGCUUCUGUGUAUUGAUGUUUCUGUACACUACAAGUUAGCUUCUGUUCCUCUAUUUUCUACCUGAACUUUAGAAUGGUGGAAGUCUUGCUUGGAAUUACUUGAAGUCAUGAAAAGCCUACUGAAAUUAACUCUAAUGACAUAGAUAUAGGGGCAAAAGUGAGCACUUACUCUUUAGAACUUGGAUUUUUUUAAUGCCUGGUUUUUGAUAGCUAACUAUUCAGCUAGUUCUUAAAUGGAAUCCGUAGUUCAAAUGGAAAGGGAAAACUCCUGAAAUUUUUUUAAACUAGUUUUUUUUUCAAUUAAUUUUCAGAUAAGGAGAUGCUUUUUUAAAGAAAAUAAGACAACAAUAAAACCACAAAAACAGUGUUCAGAAAUAAAUAAAAUUGAACUGGGAACCAAAGGUUUGCUUCUGAGUUGCUUUCUCUCUGAUACAUGAUGGCACUUCCUGCUACUGCCUUAAUAUUAGUCAAUUGGAAAACACUUUUGUCCCUCUGAAAAUGAAUCAGUAAAGGUAGAAUACGUUCUUCUCUGCAGUUAUCAACAGUGUAAACUUCUUGGGCUAAAUAGGAAUAAUUUAAUUACCUACAAAUGUUUUUGAUUUAUUUCACACCCACUAUUUAUAUUCCAAAGUUAUCUGAAUACAUAAUGCAUGAAACAGCAGGGCAGAGGUGUUGGGAGGAGGGCAGUAGAUAAGCUUGGUUUUUGCUUCUGUUUGCCUCUCAGUGUAAGUAGAAAAGGUAGCAUUUUGCUCACUUAUAAAAUCCUUGCCUCUGAAUAUUCUCUCUAGCCUGGCCUGUAAAUGAACAGCUAGUGUUAAGGAGGACAUUGUUCUUUUGCGUGCACUUUGGAAUUCUUACGUACGAACUUGAAGAAAACAGUUGUAGAUAAAUAUCACAUUCAGAACCUGCAGUGUUUGUUUGGAAUGAGGAUGCAAAUCAAACUGUUAACAUAUGCAGGAGCAAACUCUUACUGGAAUUUCAUGGGAGCCCAAGAAGUUGAGAAGUUUUUGUUGCAAUAGCAAAUCUUACAAAGAGAAGUUCCCUUGCCCUAAGAAUGCUGAGUUGCUGUCAGUUACACUGGGAAGAUACCUUGCACCUUUCACCCAGAUAUUGUCAGUAGUUUGUCUGCUUCUAUCAAAAAUAUCUUUUUUUUUUUUUUUUUUUUUGCAGAAUUAAAACAAGAAAUAGAGAUCUUAGAGUUUUAAAAUCAGGAUUCUAAAGUGCCAAAAUGUUUCUUCAGUUGUUUUGAAUGUAUUCUGGCACGUUACCAACAUAUAACUUUCAAAACCCAGUAUGUAUAGGAGGACCGAUACAGCUGCAGUAUUGGCACAGUAAUAGGUACCAACUUUCACAUGUUACUACAACCAUCUGUGUAUUACUGCCUCCACAUUUUAUAUAACUAAAGCUUAGCUAAUACAAUUUUAAUAGAAAAUACAGUAUUUACUAUGUGCAUUUUAAAACUUAGUUCAUUCACUUUGCAAAUAACUUAUUACUAAUUACAUUGGUAAUUGGUUACAUAUUGGUUAAGCUCAAGCUACAUUGGACUCAUGAGUAAUUUUAUUCCACUUUAACUGUAAAUUAAUGGCUUUUUAUGUUGUUACAGCUGGAAGAAUAUGCUUGUCCUCGAAUUUACUACUUCGUUUCAAUAGCUGAAACACAGAGGCAUAUUUUCAAGAUGUAUGCUAAAUUAGAUCACAGAAAUGACAUUUUAAAGAUAAUUUGUUAAAAUGUAAGUCAGUGAAAAAUUCACCCAGUAGUUUCUCAUUUUAAAAUUGAAAAGUUCUCAGAGUUAACAGAACAGCUACUUCAGUGCAGAUAGCUUUAAUUAAGUGUUAAGCUGGUUAUCUCAUUCACAGAUCCUUUUUUUUUCCAGUUCCAAUUAAUAAAAGCUUCAAGGUGCCUUCUUUGUAUCAGCUUUUCCUCAUUGACCUUUUUUGUAAAACAAAUGAGACACCCUUCUAACUUCUAAAGCUUGAGACUGAAGUUCUGAAUGGAACUCUAGUUCUGUUUUCUACUGUGCUGUGUAUCUUGCAUGUGAGGAGAGAAAUCGAUUGGUUUUCCUUUUUUGUCUUUCAGUCUGCAUCAGUCAGUGGUGCAAAUAAAAGGGACUGUUUGCUGUUUUUAGAAGCACAUUAAACUCCUUUUAGGAGCUUAAAAUAAACUGUAUUGUAAUGAGGAUGAAAGGAUGUGGUGUGAAUAAAUUAUGGAUUUAUUGAGUUGGAAAGUUUUCUGUAAUGCAAUAAAAUUUGCACUGGUUUAGAGACUGUUGAACUGUUGAAAAAUGGCAUCCAUUUACUGUGCUUUGAUUAACAGGUGUUUCUCUGUAAUGUUUUUGUACAUUUGAAAAAUGUUGCUUGAGUAUAAAAGGGCACUCUACAUAUUCUGAAUUUUGUAUAGAUAUCCUAGAUUAAGAAACAAUUUUUAAUGUGUUUCGCAAAAUAAAAUAAGUACAAAUCCUU